AUGUUGUUUGUUAUUUCUUUUGUUGUGUCAAACACUUUUAUUCUUCUCAGUUACACACUACGGAAGUGUAAUUUGAUUGCAAGCCACAACUCUCGAAAGAUGUUCCAUAUUACUUUUGGAUUGAGUCAAAUAAUAUUUUGGCCAUUGUAUCCGGAUGAUCUAACAAGUCGCUUUCUUGGGACUUUUAAUUGUCUGAUUUACUCUUUUAUCUUCUUUGUGAUGGGUGAAGGGUAUUGCAAUGGCAGUCUAUAUGAAGUGCUCAAAGUUGUGUUAUGUAGACAAAACGACCACAAAGAAUUUUUGUAUGGUCCACUGAAUUACUGUGUCACCAUCUCAGUAAUUGCACUUAUAUUUUGGAGAACUUACCCACCGACUAUCAUUGGAAUAAGUCUUCUUUUAUGUGGCGAUGGGAUGGCGGAAGUGAUUGGCAAGACAAUUGGUAAAGUCAAGUUGAAAACCCCUUGGGGAAGAAUAAAAACACUUGAAGGUUCUCUUGCUGUUUUUAUAUUUGGUGGUAUUGGAGCACUUAUUAUGUGUUAUAUUGUAUUCCACAAAUUCUUUCUCUUUUACACAACAUUUUUAGCAUUGGUUGGGAUGGUGGUUGAGUUUUACUCAAUCCCUGAGUAUGACAAUGUACUAAUACCACUUUCGUCGCUAUGUUACCAAAAGUAUAAGAAUUACAUACUGUUAAUUUAUCAACCUAAAAUUUUCCAAAAACACUGUUUUGUCGACGUAUAUUGUAAAGCAUAUUUUGACAUUUCCUGUUUGUUGGAUUCCAAAACACAGUCUUUUAUUUUUUCAAAUUGCAAAUAUAGCUGCCAAACAAUGUGCUGUCGAUUUUCUAACUAA